UUACAGAGAGGCUGGCAAACUUGCCUCUCUUGCGCAUCCUCAUGGUGCUUGUGAGCUGGAUGCGACUCGGAGGCGCUUGUUUUGCCUCUGAUUCACAACAGGAGUGGAGUGUAGCCUUCGUCAUCCUACUACGUGCUGUUUCGGGACUUGCAGGUGACUCGCAGCUGUGUUUGGCAAUUUUUUGCAGUGUCARCUCGACCAGUUGCCUCACGACUGCCUUCAACGUCUACGAGGAGCGCAACUUCAGGAUGAAGUCCUCGAGCUUGGCUAUGGCGGUCAUGAUGGCCGUUGCGAUAGGCAUGGUCGUGCUUGUUGCUUAUGCUCCCACUGUGGCUGGAGACGGGGGGUACUACUGCUGGAGCAACUACGAUCACGAGCCGAAGACAAUCAAGAGGAUCAACUGCAAGAAGAACCCGCAUGCGGCAAGCCUUCACGGAUGCCAGCAGCAAUGCGACAUGAACGAGGACUGUGAGGGCAUCGUUUACAUCAAUGGCGUUCACAACUGGAAGAAGGGCAAAAUCUGCUGCUUCCUCAAGAGUGACAUCGAAGAAGAGCGCCUCGAGUACCAGCCCCACCGCACCACGUGCGAGGAGAACUAGGCUCGGAUGGAGGUACUGGACGAGCUUCACCCUGGGCCUCUCUGUCUGUUGUUGAGGAACUGAGCUCGGAUGGAACUAUGGAACCACAAUGGAACUAACUAAGCUCGGAUGAAACUAGGGGACCAGAAUGGAACUAAGCUCGGAUGAAACUAGGGGACCAGAAUGGAACUAAGCUCGGAUGGAACUACGGGACCAGAAUGGAACUAAGCUCGGAUGGAACUCGGGGACCAGAAUCUCACUCUUGUUGUGAAUGAUGCCCCAUUGCCCCUCACGACUGUUUGACUCCUUGGGGGCGGAGUGAAAGGAGACGGAUACCCACCUACCAUAGACGUAGAGGUCAGAAAGGAGUCGGCUGCGGAGAAGGGAAAGAGAAGAGGCCUAGACGAAAUUGAUGUCACUGUUAUGAAGUAAUAUGAACAUUAGGAAAACGGGCAACAGUAGGUGUGCCUUUUUUUAAGUCGAUGUUUCCAACUUUCUAGUCUGCCGGGGGGGGUUCGGAGGGAUCAUAGAGCUAUCUAGACGGCUAUUAAGAGGUUCAACUUGAACGAGCCGAAAGCCAUGAUCACCUUUGAAGCAGAUGGAGUGAUGGACGACCUCAAGGUGGCGUGAGGAGAGGGGUGUCCGUCAUCUGUUUUGCCCUGCUUUCUCUCUCCACGUCAAGGCGGACAAGUCAUGGGCUAUAACACUGACAGCUUUUGCAUGCAUAGGAUCACAUUAACAACGACAGACUCUGUGAGUUAUGAGUUCAUACUAUGUCUAAAUGGUCGGUGGUCUAAAUGGUCGGUCACAUGCGGUGGAUGACGUAUGCACACUUGGAGCAACGAUGCUAUGUUUGUUCAGUACAGUUCUGGUCACAUUAUAACUUCACAAAAAAAGAAAAAGAAAGAAAAAAAGGUAUGCUAMAGUGGAUCAUCGACUCAUGUUGGCAAAGAAAUGUUUUUUAAUUCAGCGAUUACCCGAGACAUGCACCUCUUUCUCCGGCGGGAUACUCAGACCAGAAGGUGGGAGGGGGGCCUAGGGGUACGCCAUAGCUCRCUAUGGGCCUAUGGCCUCUAUUAUUACUCGGUGUUCUAUGCUCAUUUUUUUCUGGAGUAAUUCAUUUCGAGAUUUCUUCCAACAACGGCUAUGUGUGUUUGCGGUGCAACAACGGCUGUGUGUGUUUGCGUAUGUGUCAGAGUCAGCUCGCUAUGGCCUCUUUCCCCAAAGCUCAGUCAAAGUGAUGCAUAGUGUGUUGAGUUGGUGUUCCUCCUCCCUUUCCAUUCGGAAGAAAGGGAGUCACAAAAUGAGUUAAAAUUGCACUAUGGGCCAACUUGAAGAUGCAGUUUCGAAUUGCAGUUCGGGCAAUGUAUACAACCCACCUUGCUGGCCAGGUGUAGGGUGCCGGAAGUGC